UAUCCACCAAGUAAACGACAAACAUGAGCGCAGUCCUCAUCACCGGCGCGACCGGCAAACAGGGAGGCUCAGUAAUCAGAAAUCUCCUCGCCAAGAAUGCCCCCUUCGAUAUCCUCGCCGUAACACGCAAUGCACAGUCUGCCUCUGCCCAAAGGCUCGCACAGCAAUCACCCAGGAUUAGUCUGGUCGAAGGUAACCUGGAUGAUCCGGCAGCGCUAUUCCGCGCCGCCAAGAGCGGGAGCUCCACUCCGAUAUGGGGGGUGUAUAGUGUCCAGGUCAGUCGAUCGCACACCACAUCGGUAUCAUCGAGAUAUUGACCCAGCACAGGCUGCCGAUCCACGCAACGAUAACGAGCGUCGACAGGGUCUGGCCCUGGUCGACGAGUCCAUCAAGCAAGGCGUGAAGUUUUUCGUCUACAGCUCCGUGGACCGCGGCGGCGAGGCCUCCAUCAACAACCCCACCGAAGUACCGCACUUCAUCUACAAGCAUGAAAUCGAAAAAGGCUUGAUCGCAAAGUCAGAGGGGACCGACAUGCGGUGGACGAUCUUACGGCCCACCGCCUUUUUCGAGAACUUGACGCCCGAUUACUUUGGCCGUGUCUUUGCGACCGCGUGGCAGAUGGCGCUGAAGGGCAAGCCUCUCCAGUUGAUCGCCACCAGUGACAUCGGCUUCUUUGCCGCUCAAGCCUUUCUUCAUCCUGAGAAGUCAGAAGGGAAGGCUUUCUCCCUGGCAGGAGACGAGUUGACGUAUGAUCAGAUGGCGACAAUUUUCAAGCAGAAGACGGGAAAAGACGUGCCCACCACCUUCAGGAUUCCGGUCAAGCUGAUGAUGAUGGCAGUCAAGGAGCUUGGAGUGAUGUUCAAAUGGUUCCAUAAUGAGGGUUAUGGGGCUGAUAUCGAAGCCCUGAGAAAGCUCAAUCCGGAUCUGAAAGACUUUGGCACGUGGUUGGAGACGGAGAGUGGAUUCAGGUAGUUUAGCGUCG